AUGUUCGGAGUCUUCAUCCCCACCCGCCCCAUCAUCGCCGAGAUGGCAACCGUGUCACCGAACCAGUUUGCCGUCUCCUUCCCGGCCUCACCACCAUUCCACAAUGUCGGCGUCUUCUUACACCCAAACAACCUCCUCCCGCCAGGCACGGCGGCCGGAGUCUACAUGCAACUACCGGGGGAGCAAGGGUUCAAAUUCCUGGGCGCCAUAGGCAAUGAGAAGCCCUCAGCCUUGUUCCGCGUCAACCUUCCAGACGCCAUCGCCAACAACCCGUCCGCCGGGCAAGUCAAUCUCGGCAUCUCCGUCGAACCGGCAGAGAAUAUCCAGGCGCAGAUGCUCCAGCUUCAGCAGCAGUCACCGACGGCAGCGUCGAAUUCCACUGCGGUCGCCAAGAGACCGCCGGACACGAGGGUUCUGGCCCAGCGGAUCAUCAGGAACGCGUUCAAUUUCUUGGCCAGCUUUGCGGGCAACACGGCCAACGGGGUCGAAGUCGUGCCGCUGAAGAGCUUCCAAGACUGGUGGACCAAGUUCGAACGACGGGUGCAGAAUGAUCCGGGAUUUCUGGAGCGGGAUGAGGUUUGA